AUGGAGGACGAAGACACCAACUUGAAUGCUGCAGCGCGAGUUCUGGGCAUCGUCGAGCUACUGGAACGAAUCCUUUCCUACCUGCCGAUGUUCAAACUCUUCGUUUUGCAGAGCACCAACAUGACAUUCCACAACACCAUCCAAAACUCCCUCCAGCUCCGACGAACCAUGUUUCUCACUCCAGAUCCACCGCCAGGCCGAGAUCUAUGCUCGAGAGUCUUCAACCCACUUCUAGAAUCCACCGCUUUCGCCCCCCGAAACCAGGACAAGAGAUUCGCGAAGAAAGCUUUCAUUUCCCAAUCCUCUUCUUCUUCUGGGUUCGGUUUCAGUGUACAUUCCGAAGUCUCUCCCGAUAUCUACGAAGCGCCAGACAUCGGCCAGCCAGCCGAGUUUUCCACCCUCUUGGCGUGGCACUCUGACCUGCUCUACAAACGUUCCCUCCCCCGACACCCGGACAUCAUCGAAUCGUGGCAAUACAUGGUCCCAGUCCAGCCCGCUCUAAAAGCGAUCCCCAUCAAACUCUUCCGUCUCUACCAACGGCGUGGAAAGCAUCGCAUGAGGAACUUCAUGACUGCGAAACGCUUCGUCGUUACCGAGAACCCCGUCUCCGGAGGAGGACCCAUCCGAUUACAGGAUCUCUACGAAUCACUCGGUAGGAAAUAUGAAAGGAGCUGGAUGUUGAAGUAUGGGGCCCCAAGGGAGGAAGAAGCCAAGGAAGAUGAUGUGGAAUUGAGUCCGGCCGAGGAGGACGAUGUCUUGGACGAUUUCGAUUUUGAUACUUUUCUGAAUCAGCCAGGGUAUCAGGAUCCUGGGUCUCCUGCUCUCGAUUUGGGCACGAAUUUGGAUGCGGGACUUCGUGCUGUGGAGGACGUUGGCGGGCUGCAAUAUGACCUUUGCGGACUGGUCGGGCUGUAG